UUCUCGUGCAUUCCACCGUUUUAUUCUUCAUUUUUAUAUUAUCUGCUUAAUUACUCUAUUUCUCGUGCAUUUCACCGUCUCGUUUACAUUAUAAAUACUUGCUCUUACUAAAUAAAUGCAAACUAUAUAUGCUUCCUCUCAUGACUUAUAUUAUCUUGCAAGGAUGAUCCUUAAUCGGCUGUUUAAUGUUUCUCGACAACAAGGACAAAUGAGUAGGGAGAUAAUUUGAUUGCUGUAACAAACAAAAAAACAAAAAUAUUAGCUUGUUUACUACAAGAUGUAGCAUUAAAUUAAGAAGUAAUGUAUGUCGGUGACUAGACAAAAACGGUGGGGGCCGGAGAGUUGACCGGAUCGGAGAAAACACACAAGAAUUAGUGUUCAAUGCGACGUUACAACUAAACUUACCUGAUAAACUGACAAAGACUGGAGUUCUAAUAUGAAUAGAUUAAGUUUUCUUAACUGAUUCAUGUAACGUGAAAAUAUUAAUGUCAAGUGAGACCAACUGUUGACUCUCACAGUCUCACUCUCAUUCACUCUCUCAACAGCUAAAGAACGACAUCUCGGCCGGAUUGUAUAAAACUUAGUAUGUACUUGAAACUGAAGAAAGAAAAAGGUUUUUAAACAAAAAAGAAAAAAUAAGAGAAACUACGAAGAAGGUUACACCCCUACUGCCCUACACGCAGAAUUGACAAUCAAAUGUGUUAUUAAGCAGACAAUUAGUAUUAGCCACUAGUAUAGUCCUGCAUGUUUUUCUUUAUCACCAUCAGGGCAACAACAAUAGGAAACAAAAUAAAACUAGGUACAACGUUUCAACAAUUUGUUUAAUUUGUGAUAUUUAUUGAUCAGCUAAAACGUUUACAAUACGUUUUUUUUACAAGCGUCGACAAUGUGUUUAUGAAUGAUAACAUGUUUAAACGAUCAGAUCUCCUAUUGCGAAACAAAUGUUUAAAGAGUGUAAGUGAAUUAUAUCCGCGAACAAAGUUAAGAAUGCACUAGUUUAUUGGAUAGCUAGGCCAUGAGAUCCUAUUGCGAAUAACCUUAUCUAUAUACUGGACCGGCUGAAAUACGUAGUCACAAUAGUUUAACGAUAUUUAUUGCCAAAAAAAAAGAAAUAAAUCAAUAUUUACUGCCAUAAUUUUCAUAAAAUAUUACUAGGAGUCUAGGAUCACUAGCAAUCUUCUAAAUAAUGGUCCUAAUUAGGGGAUAAUUGGCUAAUGGAUAUCACAGGCUGGUUCGACUAUGAGAGAUAUAUAUACACAUAAUAUAUAUGCUUACUUUAAUUAGUUCACUUUUAAAUUCGUAAGUAAUACCAUCCGAGCAUCAUUCUAAUAUCCACAGGCACACACUUGCACGCACGCGAAGAUUUGUGUCAGUAUAAAAUUUAUAACUAGAUUUUGUUGUCGUAUUUAACUUGGUAAAAAUGAAGUACCAUACUAGUAUAAUUCAUAGGAGUAGGAAGUAGGGCAGUAGAUUGUUAAUUGUUUCAUUGUUGAGACCCUGAUUCAAAGGUUUGACCACUGUAAGCAAUGUGGUCAGUGACAAAAAUCAUCAUGAAUUUCAGAGACUAUUUGGUACGACACGAUACCGUAUUUAAAGUCUUCUUCUUACUUUUCCCAUAUUUGACUCAAAGUCUUCUUCAUUUUCUGGCACAACAUUGUGUAAAACUGUACUUUUAGAUUGAGUUUGUCAGAAUGAUAGACGCAUCAUGACAUCUUUGAAUAAUACUAGUAAUAUAUAACGAAAUAAUAUACACAGUUGCACAAAAAAGAAAAGAAAAGAAAAAAUACACCCAGUUUUCACCUCCAACGACAAGACGAUCUGGCGUGUGGAAAGCCACACUCCAAGUCUCCAACCUAAACUACAGUUUGUAACCUCGUGUAAUUUAUUUUGUCUACAGUCUUACUAGGAAUUUAUUAUUCAUUUAAAGAUUCUCCAAUAAAAAUUGACAUGAAAGAUCAAAACUAACUGUCACGUGACUAUCAUCGCUUAGUUUUGGAUUCGAGAUUUUUCUAUAACAGAGGUUCCAUAAUGUUAUGGAUAAAAAUAAACUCUCAUAACAAUCAAAAGUGAUAUUAUGAAGAGAGUAGAACAUUCUUGUGUAAAGUAAAUUAACUAUGCCUUUAAGCCAGGAAACAUAUGGAGUUUUUGUUGUUGUUUGAGAUAUUCGGUGCUUUUACUAUUAUAACAUUUUCUAAUAUCCACUGUCCACAAUCAAAAGCUAUAAUCGAAAGUUGAUUAUUAUUUUUGGAUAAAAUAAAUAGUUUAAAAUAUAGUAAUGUGAGUUAAACUGGAAAACUUUUACGUGCGAGAAUCUAUUUACACAUCAGCAUGAAUAUAUAAAAACUAUAAAAGAUAACCAAGAAUAUAUUUAUAAGUAUACGUAUAUUAAUUUAAUUGGUCAAAUGUUUUUGUUCCAUUUUUUAUUUUAUUUUCCAGUGCAAAGCUUGUUAAGCAUAUUCGACCUCCAAUAUAGAUAAACUUUUCAUAUUAGGAUAUCAAAAUAAUUUUUAUUUAUCACAUGUAGUGAGUGUCUAGAAAAAUCGAAAAUAAGCAACAAAUGUUCCGAAACGAUGAGACAUUAAUAAUAUUCUGAAGCAUAAACGACGUGUACACGGCCUUCACACCGUUGAUGCAUUAUUUUGGUCAUAUUCGAGUUUCAGCAAUUCAAUCAACUUGCUAACACAUAUAUAUUCAUCAUCAAUUUUCUUUUUUCUCUUUUCUUUUUCCCCCAUAUCCAUUGGCUUAAUCAAAAGGAACAAAUUCCUUCCACAUAAUCACAAGAAGAAGCAAAGUAGAAUCUUAUAGUGUUGCAGGAGUUUUUAAUGGGCCUAAUUUAUGAAAAUGAGCAAAAUAGGCCCAUAAUGAUGACUAUAGCUAUGGGCUUUUGACAAUCUAUAGCAAACGAUCACGUAUGCCCCUUUUAAAAGCAACAUGAAAAUUACAAACACGUUCGCAGUAGAGAAGAAGAGUUAAUGUUUGUACGAUGGACGUUUAAAAGGUUCCUACUUCUUAUAGUAACCGAUUUUGACUAUUCUUUUCAUUUUGGAAAUGGCAAUGGCAGCAGCGUCGUCAUCUCUUGUUCUCUUCCACAAACCUACCUGCAAUUUUUAUUUUCAACAUUCCUCUGCCCCAGCUUACAUUAGUUCCCCUCGAAGAUGUAGCUUAAUCUUUCCUAUGAAUAGUAGGAGGAGUCUUUGCUCUUUCUCUGCCCCUAAAACUAUGGCCUAUUUAGUCAAAACUCAUGCCUUGAGAGACGGCGAAGAAGAACGGUUUCAGACGCUCCAGCAAGAUGCUUUCAUUACUAAUCCGUCGAAUGAUUUGGUCGGUGGUGGGAUCAACGCCGCCGCUAAUCGUCUGAGCAAAUGGGUUGUAGCUGCUCUGUUUGGAUCGGUUCUGCUUCUACGACGUGAUGGUGCAUCCUUGUGGGCUGUCAUUGGCUUUAUUUCCAACUCUCUGCUUUCGGUUACUCUAAAACGCAUACUUAACCAAGAGAGACCGGUUGCAACAUCGCGUUCUGAUCCUGGCAUGCCAUCCUCUCAUGCUCAGUCCAAUUCUUUCAUCUCUCUCUUUACCCUCUUCUCUGUUAUGGAGUGGCUUGGAGCCAAUCCACUCUCUCUGUUCCUUAGUGGCCUCAUCCUCGCAUUGGCUUCUUACUUUACAUGGUUAAGGGUGUCUCAGAAGCUUCACACGACCAGUCAAGUUAUGGUUGGUGCGAUCGUGGGGUCUGUUUUCUCCACCUUAUGGUACAUCACUUGGAACUCACUUGUUCUCCAAGCUUUUGCCUCGUCACAGAUAGCCGUCUUUACGGUUGCUGCUGCAUCUGCCUUAGGUUCUGCAGUUUAUGUGCUACUAAACUGGUCCAAAGAAGACAGAUGACAAGUUAAAUGCUUUAAUAGUAUUCCUUUUGUUUCCACA